UGCCUGCAGUGUGUGUGUGUGUGUCUUCCCCCUCUCCCUCUCCCUCACUCUGCCACACCUCCCCUCCAAGCCAUCGAGCGCCAGAGGUCCAGAGAGAGAGAGAGAGAGGGAGAGAGACAGGACUCAUGACUGUGCUGAAUUUCCCGAAUCAAGUUCCUUCACAAAUGCUGUCUAGCGAGACUUUGGAAAACUUUUUGAUGGCACGUAGUAGAAACUCUAAGACGUCUUUAGCGUGCAAGGCCACCAUUGAUACGGUAAAAACAAUGUGUGGGGAGACAGAGCCACAGCAAUUCACAUCUACACCUUUGUCAGAAAACACUGUGAAACUAAGAAUGUAUGCUAUAGCUAGCAUUCAAGAAGAAACUGACUGAAUGCCUCAAAAACAACCCACCUCAUGCUCUCCAAAUGGACGUUAGCUGUGAGGGCCGAGAUGCCCAUACAUUGACUUUAGUUCGAUACUUCUCGGGGGAUGCUAUUCAUGAGGACAUAUUGUUCUGCCUCACGUUUACCGAGCAAGAAACGCUACAUGGGAUGUUCAGUGUGCUGCGUUAUUAUAUUGACGAAAAUAUUCAUGGGAUCGAAUGGUGGGCUUUUGCACAGAUGAGGCUCCAUCGAUCAUAGGACGGCAGUCAGGCCUCUGCACUCUAGUUCUGAAUGUGUGUCCCUCUGCCAUAUGGACACAUUGUAUGAUACACCCUCUGAGCUGUAAUGGGUUCACCGAGAGCAACUGGCGGCAACUCCGGAAGCGCAGAACUCCGGAGAUAUGCAGCAGACAUAUUUUGUGAAACUGAAGGCAAGCAUGCAGGGGAAAUACAAAACAAUUCUACAGAUGAGUGACCGAAUCAGCGAAAUCCGUUUGACUGUGAGCCUGGCUCAGUUGACAUCCCGAAUGAAAAUAAGAUGUGCCCUGUUCCAUAAAUUGAGACAGAGGUGCUUCCUGUUGUCCCUGGCCCUGCUGCUGCUGUGUCUGCUGAAGCUGUUCUAUGUUAAAGUAACUUUGAGGAACAGCUUCUACAUCGAACCCUAUGGAAUCACAGACCGCUCCUCACAGAACCCCAACCACCAGUACAACAUCAACUGCACCGCCAUCUACCAACUGGACCCUGUGGAGGUAGGGAAGUCCUUGGAGAUCAGACGCAAAGUGAUAGUUGACCUGGAGGAUGACCGCCUCGUGUCUUUAACCUCAGACUGUCAGAGGUACAUCGAGACGAGAGGAUAUGACGUCAUCCCAGUGUCGGAAGAGGAGCGGGGGUUCCCGCUGGCGUACUCCCUGGUGGUGCAUAAGAAUGCUGCCAUGGUCGAGAGGAUCUUCAGGGCCACCUACGCCCCUCACAACCUGUACUGCAUUCACUAUGACCAGAAGUCCUCUCAGAGCUUCAUAGCAGCCAUGAGGAACCUGGCUCACUGCUUCCCUAACCUCUUCCUGGCCUCCAAGCUGGAGUCAGUGCAGUACGCCCACAUCACACGGCUUAACGCCGACCUCAACUGCCUCAACGACCUGUUAGAAAGGUCAGAGGUCAAGUGGAAGUAUGUCAUCAACCUCUGCGGCCAGGACUUCCCCCUCAGGUCGAACGGUGAGCUGGUGUCGGAGCUGCAGGCGCUGAACGGUGCCAACAUGCUGGAGACCUCCCGUCCCAGCGAGCUGAAGAAACAGCGCUUCCGUUUCCAGCACCAGCUGAAGGAUGUGCCCUACGAGUACCGCCGCAUACCCGUCCGAACCACACAGGCCAAGGCGCCGCCGCCGCACGACAUUGAGAUGUUCAUCGGCAGCGCCUACUUCGUCUUGUCCCGUGAUUUUGUCCUAUUCGUGGAAACCAGCCGGGUGGCGAGGGACUUCCUGGAAUGGUCAGCUGACACUUACUCUCCGGAUGAACACUUCUGGGCAACGUUGACGAGAAUCCCCGGUGUACCGGGAGAGAUCUCCCGGUCUGCCCCAGAUGUAACAGACUUGAAGAGUAAGACACGUCUGGUGAAAUGGAAUUACCUGGAAGGGUCUCUGUACCCUCACUGCACUGGGACUCACAUGAGGAGUGUCUGUAUAUAUGGGGCUGCAGAGCUGCGAUGGUUGCUGAACUAUGGCCACUGGUUCGCUAACAAGUUUGACCCCAAAGUUGACCCGGUGCUUAUCAAGUGUUUAGAGGAGAAACUGGAAGAGAAACGUAGGCAAUGGGGAAACACUGUGAAAAAUUAAAAAGGACAAACAUCUGUAAAUGAGAUGGGAGAAUCAGUUCACUUGUUGGUUUAUAUGGAAGAUCUACCCAGUCUGCAGAUGAGGUACUCCAGAUCAACUAACUGCAAGGAAUCAUUCCAAUUCUGCAGUGGCAGGAUUUUCUUGUUUUACAAAAAAAUAUAUUUUUAUGUCUAUUGAAUACUAGUUCAAACUAAGUUGAACCCCGCUGAAAAUGAAGUGUUGAAGUUCAAUUGAACUGUUCGAAUAAAAGGCUUCACCCAA